AUGGAUGAAAAAAGGGAUUUCCGAAAAAUCCUAGAAUAUCUAGAUGACGAGCACAGGCAUGAUUUAGCCUUACAUCUUUACGUGACCCACUUGCUUCGCAGAGUGAAUCCAUACUUUCCUCAUGGCAAUUGGAGCUCUUGGCCCUUGCCCCCUUCAAGAGUUCCAGAGGUUAUGGAUAAAUACGAAGACACCCUUGAAAGACACAUCCGUGUGUUGGCUGAGAACGAAGUGGGAUCGCGACCACUUGAGGACCAAUUCUAUGUAUCUUUCAAGAGGCAUCAACUGAAGAUUACUGUACAGCAGAAGAGGAAGGAGCAACUCCCGAAUCCUGUGUUGGUAAAUGCCAUCCACGAUGUUGUCCAGAGGAAGAUACGGAUGAAGCUAAAUACUAGAGGGCUUUCUUUGGAUGUGAACCACAAAUCAAACACUUGCAGAGCUCUCUCCUUACAGAUUGCAAAUCGAUUGAGCCGUGUAUUGUGGAAGCUACUGAAAAAUAGAAUUUCACGGAGAAAGAACAUUUUGUUGAAGACGUGGCAGGAUGUCCAGAUUGCAAAUGUCAUGGGGAGAAGUAAGUCAGAAAAAGCUCCGUUGAUAAGCUAUAGGGUAAGCUACGAGCAGGCUCGUGCUAUAUUUAUGGAACAUACGCAAAGCUAUGAAUAUGAUUCCUCGGCGUAUGCAAGUGAUGUUGAGUCUGACUCCGAUGGCGAUCCCAACUUUGUUCUCACAACUCCUGUUUUCAAAGUGGAACAUCAUCUCUCCGCUAUCGAAAACGAGGGAACAAUGCCCUUCAAGAGUAAGCGUGAUGCUAUCACCGAGUUAGAGAGAAGAAGGGCAGAUUUUGAAAGAAAAGAACAAUUAUUUAUCAACAUAUGGGACGACGCAGCAACUUCAUCACAGCACUCAUUUGCUGCUGACAAUGCCGUUUCCUACAAGAUCACCUUUGGCGUAAUGCAGAAGGAAAGAGAGGCUGUUUUGACUUCUAAUAUACUAGGCAAGGAUGAUUAUCAGAUUCAAUUCACUAAAUAA